AUGGCAAAGUUUGAUCUAGCUGCGGUAUGGCGCGAUAUGGUCAUCCACCGUCGAGCCUACCUUCUCACCGUCGUGGCAUCCUUUGGUGGAAUGCUUUUCGGAUGGGACACUGGUCUGAUCGGUGGUGUUCUGACGAUGGACGCUUUCCAAGAGUCUUUCAAUCUCAAUCCCGAAGGCGGUAACUUUAAGAACCUCCAAGGCAACAUCGUGUCGGUCCUCCAAGCCGGCUGCUUCUUCGGCGCUCUCGCAUCCUUCUACGUCAGCAACACGUUUGGCCGCAAAUGGGCCCUCAUCAUCGCGGACAUCAUCUUCAUCAUCGGCUCGACGAUUCAGACACUCUGCGCACUGGGCACGACCAGCUUGACACAGCUUUACAUUGGGCGCGUGAUUGGUGGGUUUGGCGUUGGUCUUAUCUCGGCCGUGGUGCCGACAUACAUCUCUGAGAACGCACCCAAGGAGAUUCGAGGACGCUGCGUUGGCUGCAUGCAGCUCUUCAACGUCACUGGUAUCUGUCUGUCCUUUUUCGUCAACUACGGAAUCAACCUGGAUAUCACCAGCCGCUACAACUCGGCCAAAUGGCGCGUUCCCUUUGCGCUGCAGAUGCUUCCGGGCGUCAUCCUUCUCGUCGGAAUUGUCUUCCAGAACGAGUCUCCCCGCUGGCUCGUCGAGAAGAACCGCAUAGAGGAAGCGGCCAAGGCGCUCGCCCACGUUCGUGGCAAGCCUACGGACGAUGCGGAGGUCAUCCAGGAGCUCGACGACAUCAUUGCUGACUUCAACGGCCACGAGAAGAUGCCCAUGAUGGCGCAGCUCAGGUCGGCGUGCUCGAACAAGAAGAUCUUCUACCGCUCCUCGUUUGCAGUUGUGCUUAUGUUUUUCCAGCAAUGGACGGGGACCAACUCAAUAAACUACUACGCGCCCCAGAUCUUCAAACAGAUUGGUCUUACCGGGGGCUCUGCCGGCUUGUUCGCUACGGGCGUGUAUGGAAUCGUCAAGAUUGUGGUGACUGCGAUCGGCCUGAUGGCUUUCACGGAGCAGCUGGGUCGCAAGUGGUCGCUGCUGAUAGGCUCGGGCGGGCAGGCGUUCGCCAUGUUCUACAUUGGCGUCAACCAGGCGGUGCAUCCGCCGACGGGCGUGCUGGACGGCAACGCCAUCUUCGCCAUCAUCUGCGUGUACCUGUUCGUCGUCUUCUACUCGUUCGGCUGGGGCCCGAUCCCGUUCGUCCUCGCGUCCGAGUGCGCGCCCAACCACGUCCGCACGCUCGUCAUGGCGGCGGCGCUGAUGACGCAGUGGCUGUUCAACUUUGUGAUUGCAAAGAUCACACCCAUCAUGCUCGCCGACAUUACGUACGGCACCUUCCUGCUGUUCGGGUCCGCGUGCAUCGUCAUGGGCGUGUACACGGUCUUUUGCGUGCCCGAGACAAAGGGCGUGCCGCUCGAGUCGGUCCACUUGCUGUUCGAGGGCGGCAUCGUGGCGGGCUGCGUCAAGGAUACGUUUCCCGCGACGUCCCGCGCCAAGUCGAUUCGGAACACGCACUACGCCGAUCACGUCGAGGACGUGGACGGUGGCGCGCCGAAGAAGAGGAGGAGCAUUGAGCAUGUCGAGACUGCUUAG